AUGCCAUCCCUAUUGAAAAGAAUACUGUUUGAAGUCGCCGGUCAUCCAAACGAAAGAACUCUAACUUUAUCCUCAGCUUCCAACGACGGUCAUUUCAUCUCUCUAAGACCACUCGUGAAACCAUCCACCGAAGCUGAAAAGAAAUUUCCAUUUGAAUGGGCCUUUGCUGGUACUAACGCCAACAUCAAGAUAACUCCAAAGAGUGAAGGGGUCGCUGCACAAGAUUUCAAUUUCUGGUUCGAUGCUAACGUUUAUUUAAAUGUACCAAACACUCACAGAGGUGAAGUUAACACCACUUGGACCACAUGGGAAUCUGGUUGCAUUCAAGAAACUGGUAAGGUUUUCCCAUUCGGUAAGGAUAAAGAAGGUGUUUCAUUCAUGGAAUUAUGGCAACCAGUGGACGCUAAUAGAGAUGAAUUGAUCAUCACUAAUGAUGCCAACUCUAAGGGGAAAUCCAUCGUUUUCAAAGUCGAUAAUGCUGAAUAUGAAGGUUUGGUUAUCGUCGUGGGGAAAUGGACCCAAGGUUUCUUAAGUAAGAAGAAUGGUAACUCAAUUGAAGGCUUGAAUUUCUUGAGAUUGUUGGAAAGAGAAUCAGGUAAGGUGGAAGCCUUAGUGGAUUACGGUAAGGAUGCUCAAAAGUUCCCAAGAGAUUUUGCCAAUCUAAAGAAAGGUUCUUCUGUUGACGUUAAUGGAUUAACCUGGGAAGUCAUCGAAUACACUGUUUGA